AUGCUCGGGUUUUUGGGCGUUUCUUCCCUCUAUGGGAAGAUGGUACUUGGUGGGAAGGAAGUGGUGACUUCCUUCAAGCAACUGCUUGGUCCAGGCUAUUCGGACUUCGCUGAAAUUCUCAUUUUGGCAUUGGUUGCGGUUUCGACGUGUCUGCUGACUCUGGCGGUCAAUGCUGUUGCGAAAAAGCUCUUUGGUGCCGGAGAGAAAAAAGGGUAUUGUUGUUUUUCAUCGGCAUUUGUCCUGGUUGAUCUUGUCGUAAGUUAGUACGUAAAAUUAAUAGAGGCUUUACACAAGAACUUUAACUUACUACAGUAAGGAGCAACCUGUUGACUUUGAUUUCUCAAAAAAGAUGAAGAGCAGGGACAACUUUUUAUAGUACCACGACUCCUAUACCACAGUCCCAAGGGCAAGGAUAAGUUGAAGAUGCUGGCGGAGCGACGAAAGGAAAAGAAGGCUGCAGCAAAGCUCGCGAAACAAAUGGAUACAAGCUCUUCUAGUGCCACCUCUGUGGUCGAACAAGAGAUCGUCGUGGAGAAAAAAGACACGAACGAAGGUUUGGCAAAAAAACAAGAAACUUCAACUGCUGCAGCUACAACUUCGAAGAAAAGCGCCAAAGCAGCUGCAGGAAAAGCAGACCCUAGUAUUUCUGCCACACAACAAGAAUCCAAUUCUCAAGCGGAAACUAGUACAUCUAACACAUCUACGUCUCUGACUACGAUUGCAUCCACUACAGAAGCGGAACUGCUUGUGCAGCAACAGCAGAAGCAAGACGUUGUCCUUCAUGACGGUCCUCGCCUGCCGCGUUCUCAACGUCACAAGGAUGUAGAAGUCGAAGAUCCUCGUGUGGUGGAAUUCAAGAAAACCCAUCCGGCUCUUUCUGACGAUGAUGACGAGACUGUUGAUACCUCCAAGGGUGUUCUUGUUGGUGAAAAAGCAAUUCCUGCUGCUGUGUCUGUGAAGACUGCUGUGUCUGUGAAGACGACUAGCUCGUCCACGAACAAGUCCGCUGCACCUCCUACUCGCAGUCCCAAGGCGAAGACAGGACAGGCUACUCCCGCCGCGUUCAAAAAGGACCAGAAAUCGGUUGCUGUUGAAGAAGAAGUGCCAGUUUCUUAUGAUAAGUAGACACUGGGAGCAGCUUGUUGUCACGACUUUCUAGUUAAGUAAUAUUUUUUAGAAAUCGAAACAUAAUUUGCUUUGAUAAUCAAUGGUAGAAUGUUGCAAACCACCACACUCUAAUCUCCCUCUCCUCCGACCACCACGGAUCAAUCUGCGGCGACGACUACCGCCACUAGUCCCGAAAAGAAGAAACGCGCAGCGAAGAAGAAGAAUAAGAACCAAAUUGACAAUGAUCUGUUGAAGGAGUACCUGGAGGAGGAAGGCGCUCCUGGAUUCGAGGAUGACGGAGCCGAUGACUUCAUUGUCGUCAAAAAACCUUCGAAAUAUGUGAAGGGGGGGAGCAACUUAUGAACGAGCAAAACAGUGGUCUGAGGCUUCUUUCCUUGUCCCACGACUAUCUUCAUCAGGAGUGGUCUCACUCUAGAUCAUUAUUGUAGUUGUUUAAACCGAUACUAUCUACUUCAUGGGAUAUUAUUCCGAUACUAUACCGUAUCAUAGGAUAUUAUUCCGAUCGGCUUCGAGUCUCCACAAAAUGAACUUGAAUCUCCACCCACCAUGUGAAGCAUCGUUUCUAAUACAACAAGAGUCGAAAAAAGAGGUGGUGCAGCUGCAAAUUACUGAAGAGCAGGUCGUUGUGUCCGGAGACAGCGACUUGACCGAGGAACUUCCUCGUGUGGAUAAGGAAGGCGCCACAGGUACUUUUUGAUACAUCAUGAUCAACAAACAUUCUUAGAAUUACUAACAACAAGAACCCUCGUCCUAGAGCUAGAAGUACUAGUAGUAGAGAACACAAUAACAAUAUUAACCGCAUCUUCUGACUUACAAUGAAGCACCUCUCCAUCGUCAUCCUCUCUCCUCCUCUCCAAUCCCCUACAGACGUUUCCGCGCUCUCUUUGCGUGAGCAAUUGAAGAUGCAGGAGAAGGAGCGGAAGGAAAGGGAGCAAUUGGCUUUGGAAGUAUGGAAACUGGAGAAGGAACAACAAGCUGAAAUUGAGAGGAAGAAAGGUAGCGCUACCGCUUCUUUCAUUUUGGUUUUGCUCCCGUGAUAUACGAUUCACUUCUAUUCGUGUUGUAACUGUUUCCACCGAUAAUUGUUCCAGCCUCUCGUCUUCAUCUUCAUGUUAUUAAGGUAAUGAUCAUCAUUACUGAAAAACUCCACCCGCACCAGGUUCCGCCCAGCAAGCCCAGCAGCCCUCCCAGAAACUCCCCGAAGAAAAGGAGUUUCUACGUUUGCAAAAGAAGCUUGGCCAGAUCAAGAAGCUGGAGGAACAAGAUGAAACUACUUUGGACACUAUGCAGAAGGAGAAACUUGCCCAGAAAGAACAAGUGGAGAAGGAACUAGAACAAGCGAAGAAAAACUGGGAUGACGCAGAGGAGAAAGCACGACAACAAAAAAUCCUGGAUGAGAUGAAUUUAUGAAAGGUUGAUUGAUAUUCCUGGCACAACUAGAAGUAGACUGAGGACAGGAGGGAUGAUUGAUAUUCCUUGCACUACAACUUACUAGAAGUAGACUCAAAAUCUCGGGAUCGCAUCAGGAACUGUUUUGUCUUGCCGAAGGUAGAGGCUGGCCUUUUGAGACAUAUUGAUGAUGAUGAUGAUGAUGAUGAUAGACUCAAAAGUCUGCUUCAAGGACGACUUUCAUUUAAAAAUGGUUAUCAGAAGAUGAGUCAAACUUUCGUGACUUCUCCCUCUAAUCCACACCUUGGUCAAGAAUCUGUCACCGAGCGUUGCUGGAGCAGCCGGAGCAGCAGCUUUUGCUGGCAAGGGAGCCAAAGGUGAUGGAGAACGACGCCGAUCUUUUGCUUUUAUGUUUGGAGGCGUGAUGUUGCUCAAAAUCUACAUGUGUUGUACUAGAGAAGAGUUUUAUUGAGAAGCAUUUCUUAGGAGUUGUAUUGAGAAGCUUUUCUUAGCAUUCUUCUAGGUUCAACUUCAACAACCCGAAUGAUGAUCACAAAGCUACUACUACAAAUCUCCCUUUCAUCUUCUCCGGUGGCGGUUCGCGACGCGGCAGCGAAGUCUACGGAUCCCGUCGUGACAGUGUGAUGUCAGGCAAAGGCGGCAUCAUGAGUGGCCGCAACAGUCGGCGAGUAAGCGGCAUCAAUAUGGCAGAUUUUUUGCCUCCUUCCGUUUCCCAGAAAGGAUCCGCAGCGACAACUUCCGCUGAUGCCGGCACCACCACCUCCACCGAACAAACCAAUACCAGCACUUCUGCCAAGAAAUACAUCAACUACCAAGACCACCGCAAAAAGUCCAAGGAAAAGCCACCGAAAACUUUUGAUCGUGAUGCGUUUCCUUCCUUGAAGGCUGGUGGCGAUGAGGUAGCUGUGGAAGAGGCGGAAGAACUUUCUGCUGAGGUUUUGGACGCACUACAGGAACCGGCUCCGGCUACCUCCACAUGGGCAGGAAAGAUUGCUGGUAAGCCACAUUUCAUUUUCUUUUCCGGAUGGUUAUGGUAUAGAUCGAUGAUGUAGACGUAUAUUUACUGGAGUUGCAGAUCAGGCGCUUUAAAUUUUUCCAGCUUUUCCAUCCACGUCCAACUCCAUUCCCGCCCUCAAAAUCCACCCCUCCCCUUUCCCAUCCGGUAUUCGACUUUUCCUCUACAGGUUCAACGAGUACGAUCAAGGUCUUGUCUAAGGCUAAGGAUGGAGAAGAUUCCACAGCAAAGGGUGAGGAAAAGGGUGAAGAGGUGCGACGCAAUCGUCGUUCUAUCUCAAAGGCGAGCAGCCGCCGUUCAUCCAACGGAGGGGAGUCGAAAUACAAGGAAAUUCAUGGUCGUCGCGAAAGUGUUGAUACUGGAGCUUCGUUGUCACCGGCUCGCAAAAACAGUCGUGGACCCGAGGGGGCGUCUUAUUAUGGAAAAAAAGUUCAAGUCCAUGAUGAUGAUUAACGAGCAAUAAGAGAACAAGGACAUGAUCUUCCAAUAUAACUAUUUUAGACCGCAUCUUUAUCAUGUUCAUGUACUUGUAGGGUACAAGUACAUGUACUAGUGCUUAUAAAUUUCUCACUAUUGAUUCUCUUACCAAGAAGUUAGAAUUUCGCCUCCUCUAAUCCCUCUCCGUCCUCGCCAGCGGUGACCGCAAGAAGAUGCUGCUCUUUGAUUCUGGUCGCAAGUCUCGCGGAGAGGUUGAACAUGUGCAUCUGACCAGUUCCGCAAAGAAGCGGCGCCGUGACGACAAGACUGGACGUGCCGUGUCGCACUCUCCACCGAGUAACCAAGAUCCAGCUAUCUUUUUGCAGAAGGAUCCUGCGGUCGCGGCUAGAGGAGCUGUUGAAGCUGACAGUAAAGGUGGAAAGCGUGGAAAGCGCAGUCGAGCCGACGCGUACAAGGGAUGCGAUGUUCCUCCGCCUCCUCCUGGGUAAUUUUUUGUAUACGAGGAAGUUGUAUUGCUAGUAUUUUUUGUGAAUCUGAUGGUCGUGUGCUGAUUCAUAUUUUAUUGUCAUUCUGCAAGUUCAAGUUCAUCAUGAUUUACCUAUUAUCCAUUUCAGUUUCACCACUGCCAUCACACCAUCUUCCCCCUUCCACCACAAACAGGUAUCAAUCCUUCAAGGGCAAAGGCUACGAUUCCAAAGGUAAGUUUGGCGCUGCUGGUAAGUACGGUGGAGGAGACCCCUACAACUCCUACGGCUCACCAAGCUACUUCUACAACUCUGGCAAAAUGAAAGGCGGAGAUAAUAACCGCGUUGACGAAUUGAUGGGCAUCUUUGACGACAACAAGGGUGGAAAGAACUGGAAUAUGGAUCAUCUGUUCGGAAAAGACGGCGGAAAAGGGAAAAACUUAUGGCAUGGGACACGCAGUUUUCGUUUUGGAAUUUAUUUUCGGCUGGUCGUCGUAUCAUUUGUUUUAGAUUUUUUCUGCUCCACGCAGGACAUAGUUCAGAGUUCUUGACACAAUGAAAAAAUUCAAAAAAAGAUGAAAUAUCUCUAAUCCCCAUGCAAUACAAAGGCGGCUUCAAAGAUGGUGGAGUGCGUCGUCGAACCUGGAACUACCUGGCAGACACGAAUAUUGACAUGUUUGAGUCCAUUCCGCAUGCGGAUAGCAGUACUGGUGCAACGAUUCUUGUGGAGAAAGGCUGUGGAAAGGUUAUGGAAGAUCGCUUUUGAAAUUGAAACCAUAUUUUUGCGCUUUCUAGAGACCACAUAGAGUCAACAUACACGCUGUCUUUUAGCUGUUGAAAUUGUUGAGCAGUAGUUCUUGUUCCACUUGAGGACUUCUAAAAAGCGCGACAAAGGCUUGCAACAGGUGACUACCUUUGGUCUACCAACAAAGCAGGACAACGUUUCCGAUGAUGCCGCAGCAGUUGUCGUAUUCUCUUUUGAUAGUUACAGGUAUUUUUUCAGCAUCAGAUGUCUGCGAGAUGCAGUCGGGCUUCGUGAAAGUGACCAAAGAUCUUUGAGGUUCUCACUCAUGAUCGAGAAGUAGAUUAUCAGCACAAUCAACAAGAAUUCUAAAAUCCCUACCCCAUCCCAACACAUCACCACAGGACGGUUACCGUCGUGGUCUUGAACUUUUAGAGGGACAGGCCGUUUCUAUGCCGACUGGUGAUCCGUGCCAGCCAGCUGCAAAGGUGCCCUCACCGGCAACGACAAAGCCUCCCGGCGCGUGUACUAAUGUGGUUGCAACUUUUAUGGCUAUUGUUUUGCCUAAGUUGUAGCACGUAGGAGGGAACGUGAAGAGUACUAUGUAUGAUGCACAAGAACAACUGAUUUUCAUCUUAAUGAUCAUGAUGUCUAAAACUUCAAAAAUACACAGAAUUUCGACCCGCACCUCCGCGGCCCCCUCUGCCCCUCCUCUACUGGAUUAAGAAAAAAUGCUCCGCCCUCCCCCCGUAUCCACUUUUUUCAUACCCUCCUCCUCCUGUUCCUCCUCUAUCGGUCCUUUUGCGGAUGAAGACUUACCUGCGACUGCUGGCCAGGUGCUUGGGGCACCGACAAUGCCGUGCAUCGUUACGACAGAGGAUAAGACACACUGGGAUGUGAGUUGGAACAUUUGAGGAUGUGGGUUCGGACAUUUGAUGUAGCUCAUUUUUCAUUCUCAUUGAAGAACAAGAAAGUCCUUAGAUCAAACCAAUUUUCAGCACAUGCUUUAGAUGAAGAUUUAAAAUGUAGAAAAAAUCUUAUCAUGAGAAGAAAUAAUCUAUUGUGGUGUCAUAUUUAUUGAGAAAGGAUGAUCUGUCCUGAUACGGAAAAUGGGCAAUGAUGAGUCAACAAUUCUUGUAGAGAUAAAGUAUGUUGUACUUGUUUGUAGCUGGCUAUUAUUUCCGAGCACGCAGUAAUCAUGAUCGGCAAGUUGUUAGUAGUAUGUUGUAAGUACUAGUUAUAGAAGUUUACCACGAUAGUAUAGGCGUUAUUUUUUUUGCUCGUUGGAAACAGGGUGUCAGGCUCAGUCUACUUGUACAGAGGUCGACAAGGAUAUCUCGCAUCAACACUUCUAGAUAUAAAUCUUCGUUGAUAAUUGUAGUGGGUUCGUUCGAUUUUGUAGUCCUACAACUAGUUGUAGGUUGAUUUGAAAUAACCGAGUUAGUUUGAGAUUGAACAGACAUUUUGGAGGGGCGGGGGUGUACUUGUUCUAUUGUGAUUGUAUUGUCAGCGAUGUAGAUGUUGAUGUAUUCUAGUAUUGUGCAUAGCCAUUAUAGAUAGGUCAAGCAAAAAUUUGAAUUCGGGUAAAUCAGUAUUAAUUAGUCUUUUUUGGAUGAGAUACACACGAACCCGUCACUAGAAUCGAUCGAUCAUGGAGGUCGCCUUUCUACCAUUUUCUAUGGUAACCAGGGUGACCGUAACGCAAACGCCAGUCAGGGUGUUUGAUAUGAUGAACAAAGUUCUAAACUAACUGCUUUUUGUAAAACAAUAUAUCCAGAUGUUAGCAUUCGGAUUCACAUUGAUAACCUGCCAUACUAUCUACGUCCAUGUAUGUUGAUGUCUUUCUGACAAGUGUUUUUUGCUACAUCACAUCUAUUCAAGAAUGCGAGGUUUUAUAUCGAAGAAGACAAUACUCAAUCACGCAGCUUUUUUGUGCAUGUGGGCACAGUCAAAAUCAAUAGCUAUGUCAACUCUGAAAAUUGCUCAGCGGUCACCUCUUUUUCACAACUCAGAGGUAUAUACGUUGAUGACAUCCUUCGAUCUCUAGAAAACCAAGUACUAUGAAUUUCUCUUGCUGGUGUUACCUUGGUACCUGUGUCGUUCGUGUGACGACAGAGUGAAGACGACUGUG